AUUGGCUUAGUGACACGUGUCUUCCAGGGUAAAGCUCUUCCCUCAACCAAUCAGAUCACUAGUUUCAGAUUCUUCGUCUGAGAGUCUCUCUGGUGGAACUGUAACGAAUCUGGACCGUCUAAAUAUAUCCAGAACAAUUCGGUGGAAGAGAGAAGAAGGCGGCAACUUAACGGUCAAUUGAGAGAUUCGAGAGAGAGAGAACAAAACAGAAAAAAUGAAAGAAAAAAAAGAAACACUUUUUGGAUCACAGCUCUCUUCAUCUUCUUCCCUUUCUAAAAGUUGCAAAGUUCCAAUGAAAAUUUCCAUUUUUGCCUCUGUUUUAUUUUUCUUUCUCUUCUAUUCUCUUUUCUCUUUCUCUUUCCUCUUCCUCCUCCGCCGUCACGGUUUCUAGACCAUCUCCUCCUCCUCCAUUGUCCCCUUCCUAUGUCUGUCUACUACAUAACAGGUAGAGGACGAUGAAGCGUGGGAAAGGCGAGAAGAAGGCAACCAAGAGCCGAGAUGGCAGUGGUCAUCAAGUAGUUCCGCUCACUGAACCGGUGGUUGUAGCUACGGCUAUGGUUGGAACAAGAUCAUGGAUAGGAGGGCUCUUCACACGCUCCAAUAGACGUCAAGACAAGUCAGUCGACUACACUUUUUCUCCUCUUCAGGAGGAAAGACUUCAAAGGCUGCAAGACCGUAUAGUGGUACAUUUCGACGAGACACGUCCUGAUCAUCAGGAAUCACUUAAAGCAUUGUGGAAUGUCGCGUAUCCGAAUGUUAGUCUCACGGGUUUAGUAACAGAACAGUGGAAAGAAAUGGGAUGGCAAGGUCCCAAUCCAUCUACCGAUUUCAGGGGUUGCGGAUUUAUCGCUCUAGAGAAUUUGCUAUUUUCUGCAAGAACUUAUCCGGCUUGUUUCCGGAGGCUAUUGUUCAAACAAAGAGGUGACAGGGCAAAGUGGGAGUACCCUUUUGCGGUGGCCGGAAUCAACAUCUCCUUCAUGUUGAUCCAAAUGCUCGAUUUACAAAAUACUUCAAAGCCGAAAUGUCUUCCAGGGAUGAACUUUCUCAAACUCUUAGAAGAAGACGAGAAGGCAUUCGAUGUACUAUACUGUAUAGCUUUCGCGAUGAUGGAUGCUCAAUGGCUUGCAAUGCACGCUUCUUACAUGGAAUUCAAUGAAGUGUUACAGGCGACUCGGAAUCAGCUAGAGAGAGAGCUUUCUUUGGAUGACAUUCAUCGGAUUCAUGAUCUCCCUGCCUACAAUCUUUUGUUCCAAUAGUUAUCUUUUGCUAGUUUGAUUUUCUAUGUUGUACAUUAUUUGAAAUUUUAUGAACGAAAAAAUGAAAAUAUGAUAAACCACUUAAUGACGCACGCUCAAACAAACAAAAGUAGA